AAAUAAAUGUUACAGGCUGAAACAUUUCUUUCUCUGUCAAAGGUUUUUUUACGGUGGAAACAUUUCUCUGAAACACAAACUCUGUCCAAUUUUGGCCUCAUCCCGGCGGCGGCGCUGCCUCUCUCCACUGCGUAGUUCUUCUUUCACCGCCGCUUUUUAGGGUUUUGUUGUCUUAAUUCUCUGUUAUUGAAUCUUCUAUUUUUAGGAUUGUUGAAAGUUUGGGAAAUUGGUCUUCUUCUCUCUUCUUAGUUUCACUUGCUUUGUAAAGGGGAGAUCCGCCGCAUCACAUGCUCUCACCGAAAUCACACGAGUUUUCACGCCGAAUCACUAUCGUGUCGCCGCUGUAACCUGAGUUCCCCGCCGCCACCGACCUUUGAUGCAGACAACAAACUCAUCAGGAUUACCAAAUUGUGAAGCAAACAUGGAUAAUGGUAGAGAUGCUGAUGAUGUUGAAAUGAACAGUGGUAAUGAUAUGCAUGACGAGGAAGGAGAAGAUGAUUUGGAUGGUUACACACCUAUAGAUAAAUUCACAGAUGAUGAUAUAAGAGAGAUGGAAUUUGAAUCAGAGCAAAACGUUGUUGAUUUUUAUGAAAUGUAUGCUGAAUAUCAUGGGUUUGCUGUAAGAAAAGAUUUUAAGGAAUCUGAUAUGGAAGGGAAUAUUGUUAAGCGCCAAUUAGUUUGUAAUAGACGAGGUCAGAGACAUAAAAGCCAUUUGUUGCGGGUGAACCGGCGCAGGGAGCCAAGGCCAAUAACUCGAACAGAUUGUCGUGCUCGGAUUCAUGUGGCGUAUAAUGUUGAGACUAAGCGUUGGAGAGUUGUUACAUUUGAGUCCGUUCAUAAUCAUGAGUUAAUUCCACGACGUUUCGUUCAUUGUAUUCCUAAGUAUCGUCGAUUGAGUGAAGCUGAUAAAGCGCUCGCUGAUGGCUUGCAUACAUGUGGAGUUAGAACAUGUCAUAUUUUGGGUUUUAUGAUGGCUCAGAAAGGUGGUCACGAAGGUUUGGGAUUCAUCAAGAAAGACCUCUAUAACUACUUUAGUAAUGGAGCUAAGGCUAGAAGGGAAAAUGGGGAUGCUAUUGCUGCUUUGUGUUAUUUCCAGUCUAAAGCUGAUAAUGAACCGAUGUUUUAUUCGAAGUUUACAAUAGACAAUGGUCGUCUACAAAAUUUAUUUUGGUCAGAUGGAACUAGCCGAUUUGACUUUGAAUGUUUUGGUGACGUGCUUGCAUUUGACACAACCUACAAAAGGAACAGGUACAACAAGCCGUUUGUUAUUUUCAGUGGGUUGAAUCAUCAUGGUGAAACUACAAUUUUUGGGUGUGCUUUAAUUUCUGAUGAAACGACUGAGACAUAUAAAUGGCUUUUAAAUACCUUGUCAGAUGCAAUGUUUAAAAAACAUCCCAGAGUAGUUGUUACUGAUGGCGAUGGUGCAAUGAGGGAAGCUAUUAGAGUUGAAUUUCCAAAUGCAUUUCAUCGCCUUUGUUCUUGGCAUUUACAUCAAAACGCUAUUCAAAAUGUCAAGAGUCCAAAGUUUGUGGAAGAGUUUAACUCAUUGAUGUAUGCUGAUUAUUUCCCUGAGAAAUUUGAAACUGAGUGGAAGAGGAUCACCGAUGAUUGUGAUGUAUCAAACCACAAGUGGGUUAAAAAAGUUUACGAGACGAAGACAAUGUGGGCAAGUGCGUACAUGCGAGACAAAUUUGUUUGUGGUAUAAGGACUACAUCUCGUUGUGAAGGUAUCAAUUCAUUUAUCAAGGGGUAUGUGGAAAAGAAAAACAGUCUUGUUGAAUUCAUUCAUAAUUUUGAAAGAGCAGUGAAAGAAUACAGACAUAAUGAAUUAUUGUCUGAUUUCAACUCGUUAUAUUAUGAGCCUGUGUUGACAAAUGCUUUAGAAGGGAUUGAGAUCGAUGCUUCCAAGGUCUUUACAAGAAAUAAGUUUAGGGAAGUUAAAAAACAGAUAGAAGGGGCAGGUGCAUUGAAUGUCAUUGAACGGACUGAGCUUGGUAAUAAUGUCACGUUGAAGAUGAAUCGAUUUUGCAAUCCAAAUUUGAAUAUUUCAGUUCGUCUUGAUAAGGUGGAAAAUAUAUUUUCAUGUGACUGUAGUUUGUUUGAACGCGAAGGAAUUCCAUGUUCUCACAUUAUUUGUGCCAUGAGGCACGAGCAUAUUAAUGUGUUUCCAAAAAGUUUAAUUUGUAAGAGGUGGACUAAAUCAGCAAAGAAUGACUACAUAUCAUCAACUACGUCUUUCGAAGAAUGUGAUUCUGAAAAGUUGUUCAUGUUUCGUCGUGGGGCUAUGUCUGCUGCUUUCAAUACUUUGUGCGAAGUUUCUUGUAAACAUGAUGGUUCUUAUAAAGAGGCUAUAGAAGGACUUCACAAUUUGCUUGAGAAAAUAAGGAGGCAUCAAGAUGGAAAUAAUAAAAAUAAUGCCAAUCCGUCGGUUAUUGGUGAUCCCGAAAACGUCAAGAGCAAGGGUGCCCCUCGUAGGAACAAAAAAUCACGCGGCAAUAGAUAUUGUACUCGUUGUAAACGACCUAAUCACAACAAACAAACAUGUCCGUUACGAGAUGCACCUGGUGAUCUACAUCAAGUCGAGGGUGAGGGUUCAGCUGGCCAACCUAAUGACGAGUCGAUGGAUUUCAAUGUGUCCUUAAGCCAGAAUCUCAAUGAUGACAUAAAUGAGGCUGCUCAUAACAACCGUGGUAGUAAACAAAAGAGAAAACGCGCCACUGUUGCUAAUUCAAAACAAGCUGAAAAAGAGAAGUCCAACAAACCUAAGGAGAACAUGUCAGAUACAAAUGAACAAGACAUUCCAGGGGCUAGUGCUUUUGUCAAUCCAAAUCACUCAUUCAAUAUUGACAGCAAUGUUAUGAGACAUGGUUUUGUAUUUGGUAAUCCCACUAGUAAAAUGGAACGUCAGAAAGCAACGUGGAACUAUGGUGUAGGGUAUGGUGCCGAUUAUUUCACCACAUGUAAUGGGGUUCGAAAUCAAAGUGCAUCAAUUUUUCCCCAAUUUGUUCCAAAUCAAAGUGCACCAAUUUUCCCCCAAUUUCAUCCAAAUCAAAGUUCACCAAUUUUCCCCCAAUUUCAUCCAAAUCAAAGUUCACCAAUUUUCCCCCAGUUUCCACCAGUAGACAACAAUUUUCUUCGACAAAGCAGAACACAUGAUUUCCCUCGUUAUACACGUGUGAGUAUCAAUUAAUAGAUAAAUGGUACACGUGGUUGUAUCAAAACCUCUUUGCUGCAAAAUUAAUAGAUAAAUGUACAAUUAAUGUCACUCAUAGUGUUGAAUUUUUUUAAGUAAAUUUUUUUUUAAUACAAUGUGAAAUGUAUGACUAACUCGUCUGUUGAACGACCAAAUAUGUAAGAUGCCAUAGCACAUUGGUCGGAGGUUAGAUUCAUUAUCUCCUUUGGUUUAAAGAGUGAAGACAACCACUGCAUUCACAAAUGUCAUGACAAAUAAAAUGAGUUAAUAAUGGAUGCCAAGAAUGAUGGUUAUAUCAAACGAGUAACACAGAGGUAAAUUACUUACAUCGGGGAUAGACGGACCAACUAAUGUUUUGCUGGAUUUGAUGUAGCACCCUGUCGGAGUGGUGGUUACUUGCACAUAUUUGUUGCCAUCUUUGGCAUAUGGUGAAAAGAUUUUACUAAGUUUUUCCUUCUUCAAAGGUCGAAUACUUUCCUUUGUCAAAGGUGUUACCAGCUUUUCCACAGGUUGUCUUAACAUGGUCAGUAUAGUUUCCUUAAAGUCAUCAAUUGACUUUAUCACCAUAGACACUUGUGUUUGGUCCUAUUCAAAUUGGCAAAAUUUUUAAAACUAUGGACAAACACUUUGUGAAAUAUGUAAAUAUUACUUAAGUUAUAAAUUAAUUACCUCCCAAUGAUCAAAAUUUUCUUCUUCUUUAAAAA